CCCAUGCCAAGAACAGUUAUGAGCGGGCCGCCGCUCAUAAUGGUGCGGCUCGCGUACUCCGGGCAAAAAACCAGCUCGCGAACGGCCGGGUUCCCCGCAUUCUGUGAACCGAUCGACGCCGAUCCGACAGGAGAAUGAUAAAUAGGAGUAAUAUUGUUUACGCGCCCUUUUUUAUUAAUAAAUUAUUCCGUUAACUGGAUACAGUUUCAAGAAUGUUCAUAAUAUUUUAUUCACUCUUGCGGCUUUAAGAGAAAUUCUAAUGUCUAAAUUGAUCAGGGUAAUGAAGGGUAAGGCUUUUUGCCACGGAUGGCACUACUAGAUACAUCCAAGUGAAGUCACGUGUCGGUAUUGUUUGUUUAUCAAUCUAAGCGUUUCACCGCGGAUGGCGUUACUGGUUUUCUGGUUGCAUUCACCUGUCGGUAUCGUUUUUCUACUAGUUUAAGUGUUUUGUUAUGAAUGGCAGCACCAGUCAAGGCGAGUUACUUUUUAAGAACAAGUAAUUCUUGCCAUUGUUUAUCCUGUAUCGAACCGUUGCAGCGGCAAGAUUUAUUUCCAACUAUACUUACCAUGGAUCGAACGCGGAUGAUUUCUCAGUGAUUAAUAUUAUUUUCUUUAUGCGGAGGAAAGAAGAAAAUCAGAGGCUAUAAUAGUUAAGAUACAGGCUCCGCGUAGAAGGAAUCCGACACUGUUUGCGGUAGAAAUCGUUCACGAUCAGUUGGCAAGCCUCGAUGAUAAUUAUCGGCUGUGACAUAGAACGGGGUGCUGGAGGAACCAAGACAGCCCUGGUUUUCUGGAAAUCGUCAGCGGUCCGGGGCCAUUAAACGCAUUAUAUGUAUCUUGCAAUUUGAUCCUGCAGCGCUCGGUUCGCCGAUCGGAGAGUAAUUUACGCGAAUUCCUGGGUAUCCGGGUCUCUGCAGGUGGGCCUCCUGGGUUUCUUCUCGCGUCUGAUGCCUUCGGUGUCGCAGCAAUUGCUGCACCAUUUCGUUGCUAGCACGGCAUUCGGGGCCUGUUGGACCGAACACCUGAGAAAGACAGUUCUCGUUAACAUUGUCACGUUGAUUUUAGCUACGUACGUAAGAACCGUCGCAGCACUUUGUUUAUGUCUCUCUCUUAAAAGGACGUAAAUGUACGUGAGCUUGUGAAAGGUAAUGCAGGGCAUAAUGCCGGUUAAAACAAAAUCCCGUGUUCCUGAAAAUAUGGGUAUAACAGGAGGACUGGUAGAUGCUAGGGACAAACAAGUAUUAAAGGAAGCUGUGGAUGCUGUUGUUAAUAGUUUUGCGAAACACACACAAGGCUAUGGAAGAGUGAACGUGGUAGAAGCUCUGCAAGAGUUUUGGCAAAUGAAACAGAGCAGAGGAACAGAACUGAGAAACGGAGCUUUAGUCAUAUACGAAUCUGUACCUGGUACCAGUCCACCUUACGUUUGUUAUGUAACUCUUCCAGGAGGAUCUUGUUUUGGUAGUUUCCAGAAUUGUCCAACCAAGGCAGAGGCUCGCAGAUCAGCAGCAAAAAUUGCUUUAAUGAACUCUGUUUUCAAUGAACACCCAGCAAGAAAGAUAACAGAUGAUUUUAUAGAAAAAGCUGUUGCAGAAGCAAGAGCCAGCUUUGCCAAACCCUCUGCAACGUCCAAUGGAGUUGGUAAUCAAGCGCAAGGAAGUGGAGAUGAAAAAGAGGAUCCAAACACAGGAAUUGGCGCAUUUCGUUUUAUGUUAGAAUGCAAUCGUGGAAGAACAAUGUUAGAAUUUCAAGAAUUAAUGACAGUCUUUCAAUUACUUCAUUGGAAUGGAUCAUUGAAGGCUAUGAGGGAAAGACAAUGUAGCAGACAAGAAGUGGUUGCUCAUUAUAGUCACCGAGCCUUGGACGAUGAUAUGCGUAGUCAAAUGGCAUUAGAUUGGGUAGCGAGGGAGCAUGAAAGUGGCGGUGGCGUUGUCGCCAUGGAAUUGGCACUAGCUGAGAGAGAACUCGAAGCGGCGCGUUUAGCUGGAAGGGAGCUUAGAUUUCCUAAAGAGAAAAAAGACAUAUUGAUGCUUGCACAUGCUCAGGUGUGCCCUCAGUAAUUUUAAAUCACGAAUCGUGCGAUUCAAAAACAUAUAAGAAACUAGUUUUUCGAAAGCUGGUAUUAGGGAAAUACAUGUUUUUUUUUUACUGACAUACAAUGUCGUUAUACUGUGAAAUGCUUUAUCGUUGUCUAGCAUCGAGACACGUAAACAAUUCCGUCCUUUUUAUGAAGUAUUUUUUGGUGAUAAUAGACUGUUAUUGGGAUAAUAAAACACGACUAAGUACUGUUAAGAAUACUUUAAGCGAAUAACUGCCAAUCAUUAAAUCAAAAUUAUUCAUAAUUUGUACAUACAUACGUUUUGAUACAAAUUCUUGUCUUCCAUUACUACUGUAUGCAGUCUUUCUCAUAUUAAUAGCAUUACAUAUAAACGCUUGGUGAUAUAUUGUGCUUGCCAGAGAAAUACUAUCAAAGUGAUUUGAGUAGUUUGUUAUAAAAACUCAUAUGUUUGUUGCAUACAAAGUCACCAUUCCAUAUUUUAUAUGUGCAUAAUGUUCAUGAAACGUGGGCGUAAUGACUGUACUGUAGUGCAGUUAUAUAUACGAUAUAGAUUGUAAUUGUUUUAAAAAUAU